AUGCUGGGGAGGCUGCUGGGGUGCAGCCCUGGGCUGUGGCGGCGGGUGGCUCGGCCGGUCCUGCACCCCGCCAGAGCUGUCAGCAACAAAGCGAAGGGCGCUCAGGACGCGGCUUUGCAGACGGCUAAUCCAGGUUACAAAGCUUUCAAAAAUGACAGAAGGCCUACAAAUUUUGAUAAAAAGGUGUUAGUAUGGGCAGGACGCUUUAAAAGGGAGGAGGACAUUCCCAAGCACAUAUCGUCUGAGGUCCUUGACGCAGCAAGGAACAGCGUCAGGAUAAAGGUUUGCUACAUCAUGAUUGCACUGACCUUGCUGGGCUGCUUGGCCAUGGUAAUCACAGGCAAAGAAGCUGCUAAAAGGGAUCACACGCUGCUGAGGAUGAACAUCGAAAAGAAGGCCAAAUGGAGGGCUGAAGUGGAGAAAGAUGAGGAGGCAGCUGUUGGGAAGCCACAAUGA